AUGGGCUUCUGGAAGCUCUCUCCUUUCCUCGUUCUCAGCAUCCUGGCCCUGUACCAGGUGGGCGUCCUCCAGGCGGCACCAUCCAGGUCUGCUCUGGAGAGUCCUACAGACCCUGAUGUGCGCAAGGAGGAGGAUAUGCGACUCCUGCUGGCUGCAGUGAUGAAGGAGUAUGUGCAGAUGCAGAUGAAGGCCCAGGAGCUGCCCCGGGAGCAGGAGACUGAGGGCUCCAGAGUCACCGUCCAGAAGAGAUCCUGCAGCUCUGCCACCUGUGUGGCCCACUGGCUGGGAGGCUUGCUGAGCAGAGCUGGAAGUGUGGCAAACACCAACCUCCUGCCUACCAGCAUGGGAUUCAAAGUCUACAGUCGCCAUGGCAGGGAGCUUAGGGCUUAA